AUGCCAGAAUUCACCCUCUACGGCUCUGCUGGCUCGAGCAACACGGAUCGCGUUCGCUUGACUCUGGCCGAAGGAGGUUUAUCUGAUUACGAACUUGUCCAUAUCAACUUACGCACCGGAGAACAGAAGUCGCGAGAACAUGUCGAGCGUCAUCCAUGGGGCAAGGUACCGGCCAUCACCUUCCAGGACGGCUUUACACUUUUUGAGAGCCGCGCGAUCUGCAAGUACUUGACCAAAAGAUACUGCUUCCCGCUUUUGCCCCCUGCGUCCGACAUCGAGGCUACUGCGCUGGUCGAUCAAGCGGAAUCCGUGGAGAUGCUCUACUUUACAGACCCGGCGGGCAAGAUCGGCUUCGAGAAGUUUGCCAAGAAAAUGAUGGGUCUUCCGCCGAACGAGGCCGUCGUUGCGGAGGCUGUCAAAUCCCUGGAAUCGUACUUUGAUGUUGCGGAACGGCUCUUACAGCAAAGCGACUACAUGGCUGGGAAGGACUUCACGCUCAUCGACAUAUAUUACAUACCACUCAUUCAGCGACUUUUCGCGUGUGGAUAUGGAGAUCUUGUGUCCAGUCGCAGUCAUCUCAACGCAUGGCGGGAACGUUGCAUGAGUCGUCCCGCUAUCCAGAGACUGCUGAGUGCUGACAGGGAGGCGAUGAUGGCCGGAAAUGGUCCAUAA